AUGAAAAUCACGGGUGCUGACAUUGAUGAUUUGGGAACUAAGGCUGUUCUUGCAACAACUGCAUUUCUUGACCUAAAAUUCGACUUUGCUCUGGCCAAGGGUAAAUGCGAAUCAGCCUCCGGUAAAGAGUGUCCAUUUAGUGAGCUUAAACCUUGUGUCAAUCUUCUUUUGGGUAGCAACCACGGUGAUCUUUGUGGUCAUAUCAGCAUUUGCCGCCAUUUGGCUGAAGCUGCUGUAAAGGGAGCUGUUGAUGAGGCUGCUUUAUUCAACCUCACCGAUAUGACAUCAUGGCUAGAGUUUUUCCACAAUGGAUUGUUUAUGGCUAGUAGGUGUGGAAAGGGUCUGCCAGCAGAUGGAACCACCGAUGCCUACGUAGGAAAGGUUGUAAAGGCUAUAAACGGUUUCUUGGCUGGAAACACAUUCUUGGUAGGAGAGAGCUUGGGUGUAUCGGAUCUCGUUUUGGUUGUUACAUUGGACCAUUUGGUUGCUGAGGAAAAACUUCUACCUUCAUUCCUUGAUAGUUUGGUCCAUUUGGCUAGAUUGACGAGAACUGUAAAGGCUAGUGACGCAUUUUUAACCUUCUCCAAAAUGCUAGUUACAUUCAAAGCCACCGGAUCAUUAUUUGAUACUCCAAAGGAGGCUCCCAAGGACGAACCAAAACCAAAGGUAAAGAACCCAAUGGAUUUGCUACCACCUACUUCAUUCAGUUUGGAUCAAUGGAAGAAAACUUACAGCAACUGUAAGGGUGACUUGUACUCUGGUGUCAUGCCGUGGCUCUGGGAAAAUUUUGAUCCAGCAGGUUGGACAUUUUAUUUCAUGAAGUACAACAAGCUUGAGGAUGAAUGUACAUCUGAAAUAUUCACAUCGAACAUGCUUAGCGGCUUCUUGCAAAGAUUCGAGACGGAACUUAGGCAUUAUUCAUUCGCAGUAUUAAAUGUUUUGGGCUCCGGGAGUGCCUUUGAUAUCAAGGGUGUCUGGCUCGUUAGGGGAACCGAAUUGCCGGAACUUAUUACAAGUCAUCCCUCAUUUGAAUUCCAUAGCUUUGACAAACUCGAUGUGACGAAUGAGGCAGAUAAGAAGGUUGUUGCUGAUUACUUUUGUGCAUGCGACGAUAUUGAUGGUGUACCAAUUGCAGAUUGCAAGGUCUGGAAGUAA